UUACAAGACUGGGGAUUCCAUUCCUGCCUUCGUUCUGUUUGAGCGGGUUUCCUCCUGAAAUCCAAAGUCAUAGACUAAUGUUUCUAAAUUAUUCUGGGGUUUGAAGUAAAGAGUUAACAGCAGAUCACGUGAUCUCCGCCGACAUUGCUAUGGAAACAUCAAAGACGCUGUCCGGUGAGCAUAUUUGAGGAUCUGUAUGAAUAUGAAAAGGAGAGGGGAGAAGCCCCCUAAAGAAAAGACAGACAGGGGGUUGCCGGCAGCUGAAGAAGAAACAGCGGCACUGAAUAUUCAAGAAGAACCCUCAGCCCAAAGUAUUGAUGAGUACCAGUGCUGUGGUAGCCUGGAGGUUGAUUUUCCUGAGGUUUGUGCUCUGUUGGGAAUGAACAGGAUUCCUAUGGUGACCACACAACCUAAGGCCUCAUCGCCGACUGCUGAGUCCAGCCCCACUGAGGACAGUCUGGCAAAAGUCUGUGAUGAAGCCACCACUCAGUGGUCUCCUGAGCCCCGUCUGCAGGCAGAGCUGGAGACAGAGGAUCCCCACAGCGUAAGGGAGCUCAGGAUCUUUGGCUGGAAGGCUGACGAGUUGACCAUGCAGGCCCUGAGCAAGAUACUGCCAUCCCUGGGCAACCUACAAAGGCUGCAUCUAUGGAGAGCAGGCUUGACUGAGCAAACUCUAACUUCGUUAAAAACCACUGUGUCUCUCUGUCUCAGCCUCAGGACUGUGGUUUUAGAAGGAAAUCCCCUUCCAGAUCAAGCUUUCCACAUCCUCAUCGCGGAAGACAGCCCGCUGACCCACCUGUCCCUGCGGAAUAACUGCUUAGGGGAGAGAGGAGCUCAUCUCAUUGGUGCUGCACUGUCCACAGCAAGAGUGGCUAACAGGAGCUUGCAGUACCUCAGCCUGGCCUUCAAUUCAAUUGGGGAUGUAGGAGCCAAACACAUCGCCCAGGGACUGCGGCUAAAUCGGACCUUGUUGUGUCUCUCCUUGGCCUACAAUUGCAUUGGGGAUGCUGGUGCUGCAUAUCUGGCAGAGGUGCUGGGGCCCUUUGCACUCACUCAUGAGGAGAUCGUAGAAAGGAGAAGGCAGAUGAGCAAGUGGAAUUCCUUGCCCAGCCAGAUCCAGAUAGCAGACUCCAAAAAUGAGAGCUGGCUGUCGAUCGGCAGCAGCUCUUCGCUGGAGCUCAGCAUGAGCAGCGCCAAUAGGAGCUCCACCAAGAAGAAGGACAUGCCCAAGAGGGAGGAGAAACAGACAGGCAGCGAGGGAAAUUUGACUCCUGGAAGGAAGGAGGAGACCAAGCUAACUGGCAAAGGUCCUGACACCAAGUUGGCUCAGGGAAAAGGGGUCAAACCUGCUGCCAAAGAAAAGAAUCUUUCUGUGUUUAAACAAGAGGUAGCAGAUCAGGGGAGCAGAUUCACGCACACGGACAAGACUGCGAUCCCUGUAGCCGAGACCUCGGAGCCGGCAAUCCCUGUGCUGGAGAUAGAAGUACAAUACCGUGAGGGGAAGGUCAUUGUGCUUGGGAACGAUGUCCUGACAUCCCUGAACCUUUCAGGUAACAGGCUGACGGAGCAGUCGCUGAGCUCCUUCCUCUCAUCUGUCAGUCAGCAGCCAGCGGGUGGAGGGCUGCUUCGCCUCUCUCUCUCUAGAAAUUGUUUCCAAGAGGACUGUGACACUUUUCUAAAGUUACAGGAAUUGAUGACACUCAGAGAUCCUCUUAGCAAAACUGUUCCAGUAGACGAGGAGCAUGAACAGGCGGUGUAGCAUUUUGUGUAGACACACAUAUACACAGUCAUACACUCGCACACACAUGCAAUCAUAGGCGACUCUCCCAGAGGGUGCAAGGUAAAAGAGCCCAACCAGUCAUUCAUCCUAAUAGAUACAUUUGUAGAAUAAUAAAUAACAAAUGUAUUUACAAUAAAUUAUUAUUACGCAUUUUCAAAUAUAAAUUUAUAACAUAAUAUAAUUUUUUAAAAUUUAUAUGUUCAAAUAGCAUUUUCACGUGAGGAGUAGGGGGUGCAAUUGCAUCCGCUGUACCGUGGGUAAAAUUUGCAAUGUACGCAAUCACAAUGUAAUUGUGUACGCAAUUACAUAGCAUAAUUUUACUGGUGAAUGAAAGAAUGCACAGUAGACGUCUCUACAGUACAGAUUCAGCCCACAAAAACGUUGUAAACAGCAAGUGAAGCAGGACUUUCUUCCUGAGAAUCUGUAGUAGCUACUUUUUGCGGGACGGGUGAGGCACGUCGAAAGAACAUCAAAAUACAAUCGCCAAAUUAGGUACUCAGGGUACUGGGUAUUGAUAACACACCUAAAUGCAAAAAUCGGGUAUCGUGUUUCCCCACACAGCCCCUUUGCAGCAUGCAUGUGCAGGUCUGUUAUGGGCACGAGGAUCAAUGACAGGCAUGCAAACUCUUGGCCUGGGAAUACCAGGAAAUACCAAAUGAAGAUGACAGAAAAGCAUUUGAAGUAAGAAUGUACUAAGAAUAGGUUUUAAUGCUGGGAAUGGAGCAGAUUAAUUUAACAUCCUCUUCAUGGAUGCAGGAUUCAAACUGAGCCACCUGUUAGCACCUUCAAGCUGUUGUCUUCUGUCCCAGACAACAGGAUGACAUUUUUCAUGUGAUAUAUAUGGCGGCUGGUGCCAAAGCUAAAAGUGGCUACCUACAGAGUUUCUACGAGGAAGUCUGGGCUGACUUCUCAGGCUGUUCCGCUAACGUUGAUUCUUAUGUUUUUAUAAAAACACGAAUGGGACAUGGUCUUUUCUGUUCACUGGAUACUUCACAAAAACAAAAAAAAAUAAAUAAGAGAACUCAGCUUCCUGUUGUACAGAAACCAUCCACUGCGCCCCCCCCCCCCCCCAUGUUUUUUACUGUAUGAUUUGGGAGGUGCUUACUAUACUUAUCUGACAACCACACAUUACAUUCAGUAGGAUAAAUAUUAUAAUUGUCAAGAGACUGUAUUAAAUUGGAGGGGAAUUAAUCCAAUGGUAUGUGAAUAUACUGAGUAAUCUCUCAAAUUUCAAACUAUAUUGAGCAGAGGUUUGUGUAUGAAAACAUGAAGUAACACUGGGAUACAAGCAUUCCCCUGAACUCCCAGCAUUUGGUGCAAGAGGAAAAAUUAUAUAAAACCUAUAAGUACCCAGAAAGAUAAUUUAGCUUCCAGAAAGCAUUGGAAUUAUUCAUGUGUAAAAAGCUAGGAUAUUGUUGUGAAUUGGGGCAAAA